GGCUCUUCCGGGCAGCCUCGUUCAGAUUUGGCUUUGCAGAGGCUCUGUUUUCAGUGGUUCCCUGUGCUGUGUUGAAGUUGCUGCUGUAGGGAGUUGAUGAACUGAGACAUUUGGCGAGCUGAGAAACCACAACAUGACGGCAGUGACCUAUGAUGAUGUGCAUAUCAGCUUCACUCGGGAAGAGUGGAAUUUGCUGGAUCCUUCCCAGAAGAAUCUCUACAAAGAUGUGAUGCUGGAGACCUACGGGAACCUUGCUACUAUAGGAUGCAUUUGGGAAGACCAUAAUACUAAAGAACACUGUCCAUUUUCUAGAAGAAAUGAGAGGAUUGAAAAAAUUCAAACUGGAGAGAAACUUUCAAUAUAUAUUCAAAGUGGUAAACUCUUGACAUAUGACAGUCACCUAAAAGGGAAUGAAAGAACACAUACUGGAGAGAAGCCUUAUAAAUGUAAUCAAUGUGGUAAGGCCUUUGCAGCUCAGAGUUAUGUUCAAAAGCAUAAAAGAACACAUACUGGAGAGAAACCCUAUGAAUGUAAUCAGUGUGGUAAGGCCUUUGCACAGAAUGCUGCUCUUCAAGGCCAUAAAAGAACACACACUGGAGAAAAACCAUAUGAGUGUAAUCAGUGUGGUAAGACCUUUGCACAUUAUAGUAAUCUUCAAACGCAUAAAAGAACACAUAGUGGAGAGAAACCAUAUGGUUGUGAUCAGUGUGGAAAGGCCUUUACAACUCAGAAUAAUCUUCAAAAGCAUAAAAGAGCACAUACUGGAGAGAAACCCUAUAAAUGUAAUCAGUGUGGUAAGGCUUUUUCAGUUCAUAGUAUUCUUCAAACCCAUAAAAGAAUACAUACUGGAGAGAAACCCUAUGGAUGUAAUCAUUGUGGUAAGGCCUUUUCACAGUAUUGUGCUCUUCAGUGCCAUAAAAGAACACACACUGGAGAAAAACCAUAUGAGUGUAAUCAGUGUGGUAAGGCCUUUGCAACGCACAAUAAUCUUCAAGACCAUAAAAAAACACAUACUGGAGAGAAACACUAUGAAUGUAAUCAGUGUGGGAAGGCCUUUGCACAGUCCAGUGGUCUUCAACAUCAUAAAAGAACACAUACAGGAGAGAAGCCCUAUGAAUGUAAUCAGUGUGGGAAGGCCUUUGCAGUGAACAGUACUCUUCAAGUGCAUAAAAGAACACACACUGGAGAGAAACCAUAUGAAUGUAAUGAGUGUGGUAAGGCCUUUGCAUCUUCUGGUAAUCUUCAAGUGCAUAAAAGAUCUCACCAUAGAUAGAACUUCUUUGAAUGUAAUCAGUGAGGUAUGAACUUGCACAGCACAGUGAUCUUCAAAUGCAUAAAAGAACAGAGAAACCCCAUGGAUGUAUUCAGUGUGGUAAAGCCUUUGAAGAUCACAGUAAUCUUCAAAGGCUUAAAAACAGUAUGAAUGAAGUCAGUGUGAUAAAGCCUUUCAUGUCUUAUUCAUCUUCAAGUGCAUAAAUGUACACAUAUAAGAGAAAAACCAUGGAUAGAAUCUAUGCGGUAAAUCCUUUGUCACAAUAAUUUACAAAUACAUUAAAUAAACCAUCGAGUAAGGAAACUAUAAAUUUAAUAAAUGUAGUCUUCAAAAACAUGACAAAAAUUAUACUGCAGUAAAAGUCUAUUUAUGAAGACCUAUGGGCAGGAGAAAGAGCCAGUCCAAGAAUCACACCCUAUUACUGAAAUGAGAUCCAAAGGAAAACGCGUUGUCCCUGAAUCUAUAGCUAGUUAUAGAGACAACCUCACCCUGAAGAUAGAGCUAAAAGCCAGUGAAGGAAACACACUUUGGCUCUCAAACCAGAGCCAAAGAAACACACUCUACCCUUCUUCAACUGAGCACAAAACCAACCAAUAUCUGAAUACAAAAUCCAGCCCGUGUCUCAGCUUGUUCAACUCAGGGAUUGAGAUCUGACCAGUUUCCACCUUCAAAAUCUCCUUGGAAGAAAUCUGGUUGUAAGAAGCCCUGUAUGUGCCAUAUGCUCAUUCAGUUGGCAGCUGCCCCUUUUCCACCGUGGCAGAGGCAGUCACUCUCUUCCCUCCCAAAUAAAUCUCUUGAUUGAGAUUUCUGUGAAGACCUUCUUGCACUGGAAUGGAUCAGAAACUCCCUAGUGGAGUUAAUUGAGACAUAAUUGAUACUUCUACUUGGAAACUCAUUUAGCCCAGAGGAGCACGAAGCAAUGGACACCUCUUUUGAAGCACUCCAUUAGGGGAGUGGAGCAGGUCAGUAACAGACAUUUCGGCUGGGAAACUCUCGUAGAAGAAUGGGGCGGAUCCCAGCUGUGAUGGCUCUCUCUGUCGGAGAGGAACAUUAUUGCCUCAUCUAGCAUGGCGCCCUUCUCUUCACAACUGUAGGUGUUUCCUGACUUCAGGCAGUAAGGGUACCUUUCCCUCUUGCACUAUGAAUUUGAAUGAUAAUGAAACCCUGUUAGAUUUUAUACUUCUCUUCAAUUGCAAGGCAUAAGUAAUUCAGGUAUAAUAUUUAAGGAUGUGUACUCACCUCUUUUGUUGUGAUAUCAUCUUUAUUUCAAAUUAUAAAUGCAUUUUAUUUGGCCCUUGGAUCUCGAAGAUAAAAGGAUCACCAUGAAAGUUCCAUGACAAAAAUUGUCAGACAUGGCACCUGAAGCAGGAGCUUAAGAACUCACAUCCUUAAUCUCCCGCAUGAAGCAGAGAGUGGGAACUGGAACUGGUGUACGGAUGUAAAUUCUCAUAGUCUACUCUCAGUGACGUAUUUCCUUCAGCAGGACAGCAUGUGUUAAAUCUUCCUAAAUGAUACCACCAACUUAGAAGGACUAAUUUCUCUUACUUCAAGCUGAGACUUGCUUUCUCAUUCAUGAACUAAUUCUUGAGGAAAAACUGUAAGUGAGCUGUAAAAUGCCCCAACUCCUCAUUUAGAGUAAUGAAUGCUUACAGGAGAAAUAUGUUCAUGAGUGAAAAACUGAUUAAAAAGUUGUUUUAAUUGUAAUUAUGUGGUGGUGUGUGUGUGUCUAUUUGAAUGUGCAAUCUGUAUCUUGAGAAAACACUUCUUGUAGCAGGAAUUACAGGAAGCUGUUAAAAAUUUGAUCUUAGUCAUGGGAACGAACAUUUCUUAGUCACCUCGCCAUGACUCUAGUGCUAUAUAUGUUUUAAAUUCUACUUGGGUCACUUUUCAGUCUGCAAUAGGAACAAACUCGUAAAGAAGACAUUCCUAUUCAUGAAAAAAUCUUGUUAAUAACAUUAAACAUCACAGAUUUCUUUAGCUUCAAGAAUAAUUAUUUUUCAUCAUAGCAUUUAAGGAAGUAAAUUAUAUACCAUAUUCAGUCAAGUCUGAAGGAGAUUAUUGUAUUGUGGUUUCUAUUUUAAAAUAUUUGAGGGAGUCACUAAAGUGUGCUGUAUGCAAAUCCAUUUAGUGAAGUUUAUUUUGUAGAUCUUGUAUUUCUUCUAUGACUUUUGUUCAUCUUCUAUUCUGUCUGUACCUAGUGAUAGGUAUUUUUCUACUGUAAUGUAUAUAAUGAAGCCUUCAUAUACCCAUUGGUUAUUGAAAUAUCAGGCCAUGUUUGAUCAUGCUUUACACAUAAGGGUGGUGGUUUGUUUUCUGGUUUUGAUUUUUAUCUUUUCACAAAUUCCCUUGAGAUUUUGUUAUUUGUUAUUCGUCCUACCUUGAAUGUCAGUAAUGAUUUAGGGAUACAUUUGAACUCAUGAUGCUCGUUUGUCUUACUCUUGAGUACAAGUCCAAGGGUAGAUGAUGAACUUCCAAUGUGUUGUGUUUUCAAGAGAAUUUAACAAUGUAAAUGUUAAAAUGACUAAUAAAAGAGAU